AUGAGCAGCUCAUCAGCUGCACCUGAUGCGGCGGCACAGGUAUCCGAGCCGUCUCACACCGACACGCCUACUGCUGCUGCUCAGAAAGAGGCUGCAGCUGCUGCUCCAUCAUCAUCCCUGCAGGUUCCUUCAUCAACGUCGCCGUUCAAAAAGGGGCAUGCUCCCAAACCGAGUGUGGGAAUCGCCGCGUCGCUCUUCGGAUCAGCAGGUGACGACGACCCCUUCUCGAGCAUCGCCGCCUCCAAUGGCUCAUCUUCCCUUGGACAGCUCGCCGAGGAGGAGGAAGAGUCGGACCCAUUUGCCUCGAUCGGAGCGUCUCAUAGUCGCGACCAGAGCAACCCAACCGAUGCGGCUGCAGCGGCUUCGGGCGCUGCUGCUGCCCUUUUCGGAGUCGAACCUGCCACCUCACAGGCAGCACAGGCCGAUUCAGCACCAGCAGGGGGCCUGACCGUGCCGACAUCAGAUGCAAAGGCGACAACUCCUGGUUCCGAUCCUGCUUCGCCCGGCGGUCUCUUUGGGGACUCCAACUACCAAGACGAUUGGCUUGGCUCCGGAACCGACCAAGCGGGUCAGCCAACUGCAGAAGCAGCGACGGCACAAGGGGCGGAUCCGUUCGGUGCAACGGAGGGCGGUCAAGGCUCGCUAGACUGGCUCAAUCAGGGAGACGCUUCCGCUGCUGGCGAGACGCACUACGACGCCUACGGAAGACCUAUCGGAGCCGACGGCGCCGAGAUCGUCGGAUACGAACAGGAGAGCUAUGAUCAGCAGCAGCAAGGGUAUGGCUACGACCAGGGUGACCAGCAGCAAGAAUAUGGCUACGAUCCGAGCCAGCAGCAGGGCUACGAGUAUACAAAUCAACAAGCAGGGUAUGACCAGCAGCAGAGCUAUGAUCAACAGCAGCAAGAUUAUGGCUAUCAGCAAGGAGGCUAUGACUACCAACAGCAGCCAGAGCACGGCCAACAAAGCUACGAUCAGCAAGGCUAUGGACAGCAGAACUAUGACCAGCAGGGCUACGGUCAGCAAGGCUAUGAGCAGCAAAGCUAUGAUCAGCAAGGCUAUGCUCAGCAAGGCUAUGCUCAGCAAGGCUAUGCCCAGCAGGACUACUCGCAGCAAGGCUACGAGCAGCAGCAGCAGCAGCAGACACAAGCGUACGGGCAGCCCGACGCUCAGCAGUACAGCUACGAUCAGUCUAGCUACGGCGAGCUGAACUACAACGAGUCUGCUGCCGCCGAUCCAUACGCUCCGGCUGCUGCCCAGUCCGCGUACCAAGGCUCCGCCCAGCAUGUCUCGAACGAUUAUGCAAGCUAUGAUCAAGGGCAUGGCUACAGCUACGAUGCACCGCCACCCGGUCAAUCGUACGAUGCAGCUCAAGGUCAGAACGCGCAGGACAUGUACGGCGCCGGCUCCUACGCGCAGGACGCCUCCUACUCUGCUUACGGCAGCACCGACUAUACCGCCCCUGACGAGGCCUCGCAACAGCAGCCAGCAGCAUCGGAUCCCUACGCACAACAGCAGAGUCCAUCUUACGACCCCUACGCUCCGCCUCAACAGUCCCAACCAGAGCAGCAGCAGCAGCAACCAGGAUGGUCGGAUCAGAACUACGGAUACGGCGCCGAGGCCGCGCAAUCGAGCUCACUUGGCUACGACGCAGGUGCGUACGGAGCCACUCCAGGCACAGACACCAACGCAAACGGUCGGUCCGUGGCACGCGCAGCUAGCCCAUACGACCCGCCUGCAGCCACUUUCGCCCAAGAAACGCAAACCGAGUAUGCGGCUCCCCCCGCUGCUAGCACACAAGCUGCCAGUCUCCCGCCACCGCCUCCCAAGGGUCCGCCACAGGGACCACCGCGCGGACCGCCCAGAGGCUCAUCUCGAUCCGCCUCACGAAACGCCAACAGUGCCAGCGCGUCCAUUUCGUCUCAUGCCGCUUCGGAGACAUCCUCUCGCCCGAGGGGCAACUCAGCAGCCAUCUCGCUCGAGGAGGAACAGGAAGCUCCGCAGGAAUCGCAGCGGCCUGCAUGGUCGAACGGCGCCACGACGCCCCAGAAGCGACAUCAACACCUGCCAGGGGCGACCGACACGCCUCCGACCACCUACAAGCAUCCCUCUUCCGCUUGGGUCGACUCACUCGAGCAGGCGGCGGCUACGCCUCCUACCUUCAUCGCUGGCGACGAUUCGCUCCCGACGUUGACGGUCACAGACGAGUCCGACCACGGAUUCGAUCAGGGUCUGCACGCUGGUGAUCAGUCCGACACGGAGGUGCGCCAGAUCGAUGAAUACGAUCCUGAGACUGGCUCGGGAGAUCCAGUCGAAGACGCCACUAGUGCGUUUGACCGUAUCAAUCUGGAGGACAACGCGAAGGCGGAUGACGAAUACGGCUACUCGGAAGAAGGAUCCGCACCGCAAGAUCCAGAGCAUGCGUUCGGCUACGGGCAGGAACAGACGAGUCAAGCCUAUCAGGCAUCCGAUGCGUUCGGCGAAGACGAUUUCGAAGCCAGAACGCCUCUGGCCGCUCAACGAGAAAAAGGUGGCUGGCUCGGCGAGUCCACAUCAGGUUAUCCUGCGCAAGAUCCGUACAGCCCUGCAGCGGAUACAGGCAGUGCGUUCGCGCCGUUGCAAGGGAGUGCUGCUGUAUCGCGGAGCAGCUAUGAUCCGUAUGGUCCGCCCUCAGCCACUCAUCACACCAACGAUCCAUAUGCGGCGCACGACGGUCAAGCACAAGCGCAACGAGAGCUUGGGUCCAGCGUGGACGAUGCGUAUGCAGAACCCAGUCAGCCCCGCGGAGAGGCCGGGGAAGGCAACUACUUUGAACUCACCAAACGCGCCGGAUCGCCUCAGCACUAUGGCCAAGGCAACGCGCACGACAUGCCCCCUUCACCCUACGAGCCGCACGACCAGUACGCGUACGGCGCGCCGGGACCAGGACCUCACAGUGCCACUAGCGAGGCGCGCUCGCAAGCCGCAUCAGAGUCAAGUGCAGACAUGCUUCAGACACGACGUGGCGCCACCGUCCCUGUGGUCAGCUUUGGCAUUGGAGGCAAGCUCGUCAGCUACUUCCCGACGUCGCGCAGUCCCGCUGGAGGUGACGGGGCUGACGGCGCGGACAACGCUGGUAAUGUCUACGGCUCGUACUCGUACAACUCUUCGAGCCACCCGACGCAGGUCAGGAUCCAGGCGCUCUCGUCGCUGGUACCGUCGUCGGCGUACGCCACCGCUUUCGACCCCUUGACCUUCCCUGGCCCUGUCUUUGAAGGGGCGGCCGGGACCAAUGCGCUCUCGCGAGCCACUGGGGCUGCGUCUGCCAACAAGGGCAAGAAGGCGGCCUUGAUCAAGCACCUUGACGAGCGCGUCCAAGGCCUGUCUGCUGGCGUCGGCUACUUGCGCCGAAAAGCGUCCUUCUCGGGCUCGUCUGCGGGCUCGCAUCGUGGCAGUCAGGCAGGUCUCGAGUCAGACGGAGAACUCGAAGCGCGCAGGACGGAAGACAAGAUUCUGCUGCUUCGAUUGCUCAAGCUCCUCGUCGAGAACGACGGCCAGACGAGCUCUACGGCUUUCGAACAAGGUGUGCGAACGCUGAUCGUUGCCCCGGAGACGCAAGAUGCGACGUCCGCCGGGAUCUUUGCCAUGUCAGUGACGCCGACACCGCAAGACAAUGGUGCCGAGGGCAGCGUCAUCACAUCUCACGAGCUGCGCACCGGCUUCCUGCAAAAGCUGCAAGUCAUGCUCUUGCGUGGCGAGCGACGCGAAGCUGUCGACUACGCUGUGUCUACAAAAAUGUGGGCGCACGCCAUGACCAUCGCCAGCUGCCUCGACAAGGACUGCUGGAAGCAGGUGGUGAGCGACUUCAUCGAGCAAGAGGUCGGCGCUGGCGAGGCUUCGCUUGUCGGUCAGGGUCAGGGGGACCUGCAGGGACUCAAGGUCGCCUACAACGUCUUUUCAGGCCAGGAUCCUGUGUCGAUCUUCGAUCUGUUCCGCACCAAGACGCAGCUGGGUCAGAUGGGCGGGCUGCAGCCUGCAAAUGCGGACGCAACCGUGGCGGCGUCGUCCGCCCUUCCAAGCUGGAAAGAGUCGGCUGUCAUUGUCGCAAGCAAUCGCAGUGCCAGCGAUUCUGCUGCUCUGACCGCCAUCGGUGAUGGUCUCUGCACGAGAGGCUUGCUCGAAGCUGCUCAUUUCUGCUACCUCCUCUCGCCCCAGACUUCGCCGAUCGGCGGUGCGGACACGAACGGUGCCCGACUCACGCUGCUCGGCGUCUCGAGUCCCAAAGCGUCUUCCACGUUUGCGCAGGACCUGGACGCGAUCCUGAUGACUGAGGUGCUCGAGUUCGCACAGGGCCUUGUCCCUGCCAUCAAAGGUCAGGAGCCUUUCCCGGGCAUCCCGCACCUGCAAGCGUACAAGCUUGUCCACGCACAGCAGCUGGCCGACUUGGGGGAGGUCGCCAAGGCGCAACGGUACUGCGAGGCGAUCGCUCAGUGCUUAAAGCAGUGCAAGCAUUCGCCGUACCUGCACUCGACGCUGCUUUCGCAGUCGAAGCAGCUCUCGGAUCGCCUGGUCGGCGCACCGCACGCAGGUCCCGGCGGCAACUGGGUGACGCGCAAGAUGCAGCGACCCACUCUAGACGGCGUAUGGGGCGCGCUCGAAGGUCGCUUUACCAAGUUCAUCGCCGGCGAGGAGGGAGCGACGGAAGUCGAUCCGACUGGCAAGAACAGCAAGGGCUCCGUGUCGUCGAGCGUCGGUCCCUUCUCUCACUACAGCGCCAUCACGCCAGACGCGGCAUCCGGAGGCAUGACGAGGCAGCCGUCGUUCAACGACAUGCGCACCGGCUCGCCCAACGGACCGGCGUCACGAUCCGGUUCGGCUAUGGACUUCCGCAACGCUACCAAGCGUGCCGCUUCGCCCAAACACCGUGCCUCCACCGCGCUGUCGAUGCGACCCUUGAACUCGGAUCCAUACAGCGACUGGCCGCAGCCAAGACCGUCGGGCAACGGCACGAGCAGCGAAGGUGCCAGCAACUACGACCGUGAGAGCAUCAGGUCGAGCUCCGACAUGCCGAGGAACAACCCUGGCUAUGGCGCCACCCUUCAAGCCGGCUCAAGCUACGGCUACGGUCACGGUCGCGGCGGUGAAGUGUCUGAAUUCUCUGCAGCGUCGUCAACCUACGAUGACCAAGCGGAAACAAGCUUCGCUUCGGAUGGUGCUCCCUGGCCAGGCAGCGCUGGUCUGGGUGCACCUACUUCGAACAGCUCUCGCCGACCCAGUGCCGAUGGCACGGCCGCCAACGGUGGCUCCGAAGCGGGCUACGGCGGAUACGGUGACUACGGAGGCUAUGGCGGCAGCAGCUAUGGAGGCUACGCCGGCGGAUAUGGCGCCGAAUCUCGAGCAGACGAGGCCGGCGAUGAAGAAGAAGCAGGCGACGUCAGCCAUCUCUCUACUCCAGGACAGGCUCCCUUCUACGGCUACCAACCGCAUGGCGCUCAAAAGCCGCAGUUUGUCAGCAAUAUCGAUGGCGCCGACGCUCUGGAGGGUGCAGACGAAGGCGGCUUCGUCUCGCCUUUCGACGCCUUUUCCUCCAACAGCCGCACGCCUCAGCCACAGUCGCAAGCCAAUCAGUAUGCGCCUUCGCACGGCCGCAACGAGGACCGAGAGGAGGAAGACGAGGUGGACGACGACCUGGGCUUUGGCAACUCAAGCAUGCGCCGAAAGCCCAAGGACGAACCCGCCGACGACAAUGCGGCCGACGACAGCGUUGCCAGCACCUCGUUCGCCAACACGACCAAGCAGAGCGAAGCCGACGACUCCACGAGCAACGCCAGUGGCACCGAUGAGAAGAGGCAGGAGCUCAAGACCUCGGCCUCGUGGUUCGGUCGUCUGUGGGGUCGCAGUCCGAGCACGGACAGUGCGGCUCAAGCGGCGCAGGCCAAGGCGAAAAAGGCCCACCUUGGCGAAGAAACGAGCUUUGUGUACGACAAAGACCUCAAGCGGUGGGUGAACAAGAAGGUGGGUGAUACGGGGAGCGCUGCGAGCACGCCACCGCCGCCGCCACCGGCAAGGACGCAGUCGGCGAGCCCGGCGAUGCAACCGGAUCGCAGCGCUGGCGCGGCUAGCGCCCCACCGAUGCGUGGUCCCUCGGCGAGCUUUACCGUCGGCAGAGCUACGCCGCCCAUCAGCGAGGGGAGCGAGGAGGGCAGUUCGGGUCUGGCACCGAAUCGCGGCCCACCGGGGUCGGGUGGGUUGACAAGGGCGAGGAGCAAUUUGGCGGACAAGUCGAUGCCCCCCGCUGCUCAACCGGCGAAGGCGUCCGGGACGAGUACGCCGAUUGGGAUGGGCGAUCUACCUGCCCCUCCGCCUGGAGGGAAUAGGACGGGAACGGUUAAGAAGAGGCCCAUUAAGAACCGAUAUGUCGUGGUGGAUUGA